CAAGAUGGCGCCGGUGCUCAGGCCACCCGUCGCUCGGGGACACGAGUGAGACGUUCCGGAAUCGCUGUACACCGGGCUUCCACCGGCGACCGGCAGCACCGUGGGAGGGACGCGAAGUGAGUGAGCUACCAGCGGCGUCGAUGGCGGUCUGAUUGGCAGCGGGCCCGGGCCCACCGCGAGAGGCGAAGAGCAUGGACGAAAACAGCGGCGGUUGCCUGUCGCCGGAGGAGGCGGCAGCCGCUGCUGCUGGGGCCGAUGAGGAGGAGGGCGCGGAGGAGGCGGUUCAUGGCGAAGAGGAGGUGGCGCCCCCCUCUCCCCCGGUGGCCGUGGUGGUGGCGGCGUCCCCCGUCAGCCCCCAAGAAGCGGCGGCCGUGGUGGUCGCCGAGGAGGAGGAUGACGACAUAGAAGAGGGCGAGGAGGACUCAGAGCGGCAUGCAGUGCGCUCGCCGCUCGACGCCGGCUCCGAGCAGUCGCCCGAGCUGCUGCAGGCGGCCGACCUCUCGGUGCGCGACGACUCGCCGUGUGGCGAAGUCGGCGCCGACGAAGACGACCUCGACGACCCCGUGAGUCCCGCCUCGUCGACGGGCAUGAUCGACGCUUCCGAGUUCCGCGGGCUCGACCCGGGUUCUUACCCGGGUCGCAUGUCGCCCGGCGGUUUCUCGAGCAGCAGUUACGCGACGCUGACGCCGCUGCAGCCGCUGCCUCCGAUCUCGACCAUGUCGGACAAGUUCUCCCACUACGGCCACCACCACCAACACCAUCCAGGUGCCAACGGUGGCUUCGCGCCGCUCGCCAUGGGCAUGGGAGGCUAUUCGCAAUACGACAAACUUGGUGCCACCAUGUCCGGUGCGAUGAACAUGAGCCCGCCGCACGGCACAGCGCCCAUGCUGGGCGCCGGCUCCGCUCUGCCGUCGCCGCCUCCUUACUCGCAGAACGGCCUGAGCGUCGACAAGGGACUGAACGGAUACGAAGCGGCAGCAGCGGCAUCCUACGGUGGAUCCUCUGCGCCACAGAGAGAGCUGACACGGCUCGGAUCGCCCCAGUCGCCGACGAGCCUGCACUCGCCCAUGCUACCGGCCCUCAACGGCCUGUCACCGCACACGCCUCCCCAGGCGCACCUCGCGGCACCUGCCACACCGCCGCAACCGCCGCAGCCGCCGCCCGCGCCGCAACCGGAACCGAAACCGGCGCGGGUACUGCUGCCAGUGGUGAGCAGCAACGCGCUGGGACAGGUGGUCGUGUGCGGAGCCAAGGCGUCCGUGGUGUCGUCGAGCCUGGUGCUCAGUCCGACCAAGGCGAUCCACCCUGCCGCGGUGAUCACUCAGCAGGUCACCCACCAGCAACAGCAGCAACAGCAGCAGCAGCAACAACAACAGCAGCAGCAACACGCGGCCCAAGUGAGCGCCGGCGGUGCGUCCAGUCCCGCCGACGAGGCGGAGGAGAUCAACACCAAGGAACUGGCGCAGCGCAUCAGCGCCGAACUGAAGCGCUACAGCAUUCCGCAGGCCAUCUUCGCGCAGCGUGUGUUGUGCCGCUCGCAGGGGACUCUGUCGGACUUGCUGCGCAACCCGAAGCCCUGGAGCAAGCUCAAGUCGGGCAGGGAGACCUUCCGCCGCAUGUACAAGUGGCUCGAGGAACCGGAGUUCCAGAGGAUGUCGGCGCUCAGGCUCGCAGUGAAAAUGAACGCUCAGAGCCCCAAGUUGGACGCCGCUUGCCCUGCCCGCACCAGCAGUUUGUACACAACACACUCAAGUACGUACAUGAGCGACGUUCAUUUGCCGUUUAACUCCUUACCCUUUGCCUGCAAGCGGAAAGAGGAUGCGCCUGGUGGAGCGGGUGCGGCCGGACCGGCGGCCAAGAGUCAGCCCAAGAAGCCGCGUCUCGUCUUUACCGACCUGCAGCGACGCACCCUGCAGGCCAUUUUUAAGGAGACCAAGCGGCCCUCCAAGGAGAUGCAGAUCACCAUCUCGCAGCAGCUGGGACUCGAGCUCAGCACCGUGGGCAACUUCUUCAUGAAUGCGCGCCGCCGCUCGCAGGACAAGUGGCAGGACGAAGCGGACAAGAGCGCCAAGGGAACCUCCACGUAGCGCCCCGCCCCAAACACAGCAACCCCGCUGUACACCGCUGCCCGCCCUCCCGCCCGCCUCUUCGUUCGACGUGGCAGCUUAGGCAUCAUUGGAACAGACCCUCAGUACCAACCCCGAACAGCCUCUUCGACACUGCACACCGCGGCGAUGACUACUUGCCACUACGGACAAGGCAGGCAGGAAGAUGACCUGCGCAGCAAUAUGUAUCUGUGCACACUGACGUUACCUUCCCGCGCUCUGGACAACUAAGCGGCGCGGCGUGCGCUCCUCGGUAGCGCUGUAGGCGUGCAGCCCCCAGAUCCCGCCGCCUUCCAGGACUGCGUUCCUCCCCCGAGACGCUCUCGCUGUCCAGGGGAGCGGAGGACACGAAACGAACAAGUGCCCGUCCCCGCCGCUUCGGCGUGGCAUGCAGCGCCACCUUGCGCGACUAAGCGGCCCCGCGUCGAGAGCCUUCUUGAUUGCUGUCGUUGUUGGCCACUACGUGGCGGGCCCUUGAAAGCUCGCGUUCUUGCGGUAACCAUCAGCGCUGGGAGGGAGUUAAACGGCAGUCACGCUGUGCAAACAGAGCAGUGCCCUUUGACUGUGGGUGGUCAGCGGCGCCAUCUGUAUGUCGGCUUUCGCACUACUGUCUGCUGCGACCCGCUGCGACUCCGUGCGCCGGCGCAAAGUGUUCUGCCCGAAACCACUGAGCGCUGACUCCGUGAGGUUCACGAUCCGCGCCAGUGGCAGUAAGCUUCGUCGCACGUGCUGCAGGCUGUAGCUGAUGGUAUGGGCGCCGAAGUCUGUUCGAAGUGUCGGCGUUCUCAAUGUUCAAAAGUCUGCGAGCCAGAUUUAGUCACCUUUGCGGUGCUUUGUCGCAAUAUGUGCUAGAUUGAGCGUGGGAAGAGAUGAGUGAGCCUACAACGCAUAAUCACACCGAGCCUGACUGAAACAGCUGCUCUCCGAAUGGUUCGUAGCAAAGAAAGCUCUGCGUUCUUGAGGUAAAUUACUAGUGCUUAAAAUAAGCCCUCCAAAUUUGACAUAUCCAGUGAAAACACGUGUUUUUCCAUGGGGUAUACAGGUCAUAGCCAAAUUUCCGUGUCCCGGGUACGAAAAAACAAACCAUUGUCGGACUUUUCUUUAGACACCGGUCGUGUCUUAAACUAGUUAAAGUUUUAGGUCAGCGUCGUCAAUAAAAUACCCUAAUUGUUAUGUGCACAUCAGCUAGAGAUGUGACAGCACUGUGUUUCAAUACGAACUUCUAAGGAAAGGCAUUUGUUUUACAUGCAAGUCAAAAGACAGCGUAUGCGGCGAAAUUUCUUUUUUCUUUUUGUUUUCCUAAUUUCGCGAAGAAUAUCUAGCCGUGCAAAAUAUUCUUGGGGUAUCCAUAAUGGAAUAUCUGCAAUGAAAUCUACGAUGGCGUAUUUGUUUGUGGCUGAAACACUGAUACGUGAUGUGUAUACUCUGCGGAGGAACUGUUUUCACUGGACUUAUAUUAAAAGCAAAGUCGUCGAGCUGGCCGCGCAGUGCCGUACAUUGUUGAUCCCUGAACGGGCCUGUAAUACAAUCCACUAGAACUGAUCCGAGCAGUAGCCUCAAUGCCGUUGCCUUAGCCCAAACACUUUUUACGCUGCCCUACGAGUUUCGUUAAGAUUCGCGGCCAAGACGCAAGGAACCUGAGCCGGCAAAGCUGCCACACAUGAAAGGACGCAAACGUUUUCGCGUCACCCGCACGUGCGGCGAAGCCCACUUUAGGCAAGCUACGCCCGAUCCCUUCAGCGGCGUCAGGCUUAAUCUCCCUGGUGACACCUGGCGAAUGCCCGGUUCGACUCGUGCCUCAAAACGAGCACGCGGCAGUGCCCGUUGAUUUUCGGUCAUGACAGUUGCGAAACACUCCAUAGGACACAUUUCAAGUAUGGAGAGCGUUAAGCACCUAUGCCUUAUGAAUUCGCUAAUAAUUUCGCGACAUUUCGCCGUCAGGGUUGCGAUAGGUUUCACCGGAGUACACGAACGCCGUCAGUGUUCGUAAACGGUGGAGACCCUGUUAGAUUUGGCAAAAGACUAACGCUAAAGAUAUUUCCACUGGAGUUCGCAACUUUCAUGAUUGAACGAAUCUGGGCUGACCUCUCACCUUUUCCUCCUCAACCGACAAAAUACGGAAGGAAAAGGCCCAGGCGGUGUAUUUUUUCUUUCUUUUCGGUAUCGCAAGUGUGUCGUUUAGGUUCGAUGACCUGUUGUUGAUGUCUCCAUAGGGGCCUCCGGUCAGUGGUUCACACUCUUAGCCCCUAGGUGGCACUCGCAUUCAUGAUUCCGCGCGCCCAGUGCUGUGUAUAUGUGUGUGCUGCCAUUGUGUGCGCGUGUGUGUGCGUUGCGACGCGCCGUCGACUCAAGUGCAACUUGUUUUAUUUGCUUGUGUGUCUUGCCCGUGAACUUUCCAUAGUUUCGGUUUUUAUUUAUCGGUUUUCUGUGAUAGAAGUGUAAAACGUGACGCACCAUUCCAAACGUCGAAGGCGAACCAACCGCGCCGGGCUAGACCCGGCGUAAUAUUUCCGGGCAGUUUUGCUCAGCAAUGUGGUGGCACUCGGAUGCAUUGCGGCCGCCAAUAAGGCAGCUUUUAAGCAGGAAUGAACAUCCCCCACAUUUGAAACAUUCAUUAUAGUUAUGUCUGCAGGAAGGCACACGUCGGCAGGCCGACAAUAACGUGGUCUUGCAGAUUUCGACGUUGCCAAUGUGAAAAUGAACUAACCUGUACGCUUAGUAACGCUUCGCGCCAGCCGACCAAACCUUGGCUCAGCAGUGCUCAGAGCUUGCACACUGCGUGUUGAACGACGUCAAAGGCACAUUUACGUAAUUGUCAUGUUAAAAUGUUUACGAGUUCUAGAUUGCCUUACAUUGAAGCGCGAGUUCACAGGCGUGCCAGGCAUUCCUAAUUACAAAUAUGGCCAAACAUUCGUGAUUUCGAAUGAUUUGCGUUCUUUUUUUUCGUCGCAGCGUAUUUCGCGUGCAGAACAUCGAUAGCCGGAAACGGCGUUUUCUCUUGUCAAGGUUUAUCCAAAGUUGAUUUUUCAAGUUCAGUGCAGUGAACAUAAAAUGCGGUGCCAAGGCGUGCCUUCAUUCGAGUUUACAAAAAUGGGGAUUCAACUUCCAGAUAUAACGAAAUGACACAGACGUUUGAGCGUAUCUCUGGCCCUUUGGAAAUAAUCGUGUCUAUGUCCCGGACUGUGCGGUUUGCCUUUUGACGGGACGCACUCUAGUCAAAUCGAAAAAGAGUCAUUCAAGCCUGCCGUAUAGUUAGGAAAGCGAGUUCUGCAUUGAUGUGCCGCAGCGUUGUUGCUAUAGAAGGAAAUUUUUAGAGGGAGGGAGGGCGAGAAAAAUAAGUUGGUGUGCUCACCCGAGGUUUACGCUGGGCGUGUGAUGGUACCCCUUGUUUUUAUUGAUUUUAAUGUUUUUACUGUGUUGCGUGCGUGUGUUCGUGACAGCGUAGAGUGACCGGCAAAACCGGGAAAAAGAAAGAGAGAGAGAGAGAAAACGUGAGGACACGUUUUGCGUUGCAUAUAGUAUACAAAUAUAUACAUAUACUGUGAAUGCCGCGUGGCGAACCUGAUGUGACGCUGCUUGUGUCCCCUUCCCCCAAAGUUCUCGUUGAGAAGAAAAAAAAAGUUCAAAGCCGUAUACAAUGACAAAAGCAGUAUCUGCUGUAAGGGCUCCGAAUGCUCUCAGACGGGACGCGCGAAACCCAAUGUAGCUUGCUUCCUCAACACGGUGAAAAGAGGAUGGCACAGCUUACACACAUUGAAAAUACGCUCGCGAUAGAGAAAUGCUCAACAACAUUUCCGCGUAAGCUGCAGAAGAGGCGGCCAGCGAAGUGAAUAUAGUGGUUGCUCGAUACCUACAACGUUACGUGUUGUUAAACUAGUCGCGCGUAGGCUGGCAACGUGGUUGUACUUUCAAGUUCGAGGACUUGAAGAAACAGACUCGUCUCUCGCGUGUAUGUCGCCAGGACCUGCUCUAAAGUGCGGUUUAUUCUAAUUUUCUAGUCAUUGCACUGUAGCAGGCAGAGUCAGGCCAGACGGCGCAUAGAGACGCUGAUGAAGCCAGAUGAAUACACCAGCAAGCGAAAGGGCAGAAGUAAAAGAAGCCCUGUCACGCCUUCUGUUCUGAUCUGUGUCGCCGUUCGCUGGAUUUAAUUGUGCUGAUGAAGUGCGUUCGGCAUCAAUACCAACCGAACAGUCCCAGAAUUCGUUCCGUUUUGAACCCCGCAUCGUCGCCUGGCAUGACAGCACACAGGAAAGCCUACUGUCCGGCGCACUUCGUUACGAGAGCCGGUUCCGAUGGCCGCCCUUAUCUGACUUAGAUUAAGAAAAUAAUGCUUCAGAGGUGGCGUCGUUUGCUACUGAGAUUGUGGCAGGUGUGCUAACUAACGGAUAGGGUCGACACGGGGCGUUGGUUCGAAAUUAAGUCCCGUACGCGGGCCCAUCGUCUGUCAUCAUCGUACGCAGCAAAAGUUCGUGCCAUGUCUUUAAAUGUUUAUUUUCUAAACAUAAGUUUCAGAUAAGCAAUCGGUGAGUGGCUGACAAGAUCAUCAUCUCGGAAAAGCUUAAUAACAAUCUGGUUCAAAGAGAGAAACGAAAUGAGAGAUUCGGGUUCGAAAACAGCAAGGCCGGUGUUUUCGGGACUGACAGAUCCCCGUCA